AUGUCUGCCUUACACUACUAUCUCGUCUUGGCGACGGUCCUCGGCCUCUCGAUCCCAGCUGCGCAGGCGUCCACGUACACGAACCAGUUCCAGCAGUGGUACCCGCAAUUCGGAUGGAUCUUCGACUACACGCUGCACGCCAACUGCAGCGACCAGCUGGCCAAGUACCGCGCCGGCGUCAAGAACUACACCGAGAUCGACCGGGUCGGCGGCGGCGGGACCCUGAGCGCCUUGACCCAGCCCGUGGUGCAGUGCAUCCUGGCCAACAUCAGCGAGUACCUUAAGGGCCAGAUGGCGACGUCGCAGGUCCUGCUCGGCGUCAUGCCGACCAUCCUCUCGCUGAUAGGGCCGGGCACGGACGAGACGGCCACCUUCUUGCUGGUAGGCCGACGGCCGCUGCUGUUCCUGCUCCUGUCCUUGGGCACGAGCUCCGUCUACUUCGAACGGGCCUUCAAGUACCCGGACCCCAGCCAGAUCCUGGCUGACCACCCUUUGCGGCUGCAACAGCCUGCCCCGUGCGGCCCCAUCCGCGCCGCCAUCAUCGCGGGCGAGUAUCUCCUAGCCCUAGCUGCCGUCACCAAUAUCGUAGUCGUCUGCAAGGAUCUUGGCAUCAAAACAAUAUGCAUCUUCUGGUCCGACUUCAUCUUUGCGCCCAUGCUCUGGGGGUCUCUGAGCUUCUUGGUUCACGUUGGUGCCGUGCUGACGCUGCGCAUGCGGCUGCGGCGACUCGGACCAGGCGAGGACGCCACGGGCCGCAACAUUUCCGCGCGGCAAUGGUUUGAGCUGUCGUCGGCCAAGACGGACGUGCGGUUCGACGUGUUCCCCGAGUCGCGGCUCUUCGUGCUAAUGGCGUGGCUGCUGUCAAUGGGCACUAUCGUGCACAUCCUGUUCGGCACCGCCAUCUUCUCCAGCACCACCUUCAUCGGCCCGCUCGACGCUCUUACCGUCCUGGGCCGCUACAUGGCGUCCGUCAUGGCGUGCCGCAUCAUUUCCAUGUACGAGCUGGCGGGGCUGCGCGACGCGGCGAAGAAGAAUGCUGUUUUUGACAGCAGCAGCGGGGGACGGCACCGUGCCGCUGUCGAGUUCGCUGACGUCAAGCAGAGCGCGUUUGGCGCAUCGACUCGGGUGUCGGUAUCGGGCAGUUAG